AUGACAUUAUUAAAAAAUCAAUUAUCCUUAGCACUUUUAAAACCUGAUUUAUGUGCGAAUCCUGCAAUAAUUCAUAAAUUAUUUGAAUUAUUUCGAAAAGAUCAAUUUGAAAUAGUCAAAGAGAGAAAAAUAUUAUGGAGUAAAAGUCAAGCUGAACAAUUUUAUUUUGAACAUCGAAAUAGAUUUUUUUAUGAAAGAUUAUGUGGUUAUAUGGCAAGUGGUCCAUUUGUAGCUUUAAUUAUUUCUAAGCCUAAUGCUAUCAAAGAUUGGCGUGAUUUGAUUGGUCCUACUCAUCCUUGCAGAGCAAGAAUAAAUGCAUCUAAUACCUUAAGAUCUUUAUAUGGAUUAACUGAUACUAGAAAUUCUUUUCAUGGUUCAGAUUCUGAAGAAACUGCAAAAAGAGAAAUCAAAUUCUUUUUUCCAGAUUUUAAAUUUUAA